GCCUUCCAGUCAUUAUUGUAAGCGUGACCAUGGCAACCUCUUUAAAUAAGUAUGUGGCAGACAGUCACUGCUGGCUAAACAUUCAGACUGAUAUAAUCUGGGCAUUUGUGGGUCCUGUUCUCUUCAUAUUAACGGUCAACACUUUUGUUCUGUUUCGUGUGGUUAUGGUGACAAUCUCUAGUGCUAGAAGACGCUCCAAGAUGAUGACACCCAACUGUAGUCUGGAGAAACAGAUUGGCAUCACGGUCUGGGCCACUGCAAAACCCAUCAUUGUUCUGCUCCCUGUCUUAGGACUGACCUGGUUAUGUGGUAUUUUGGUACAUCUCAGUGUAGUCUGGGCCUAUGUUUUUAUCUUCUUGAAUUCAUUUCAGGGGCUUUAUAUUUUCUUGAUUUAUGCCAUUUAUAACAGUGAGGUCAGGAAUGCCAUUCAGAGGAUAAAAGAAAAGAAAAGGGCCCUAUCAUUCACGAAUUGUUCUCAGCCAACAAACUAUUUAUCCAGUCCAAGGAAUACCAUAUGGGACAAUGGAAAACCAAGGCUCACCCCACCUAACAGCAGUUUAUCCAGUGUGCCUAUAAGGAAUACAGUGGGCAAGGAACCAUUCCACUUUAUGAAACAGACUUUAUCCCCAACUGAAACUGAAAUACCAGAGGAUCCAACAUCACACUCUGGAAUCUGA